AUGGCCCCCGAGGGCCCUUUACCUCGGGCCCUGCCCUGCCUGCAUGUCUACCUAGGGAAGGUGCACCGAAUCCUGGGUACAAUUCCGCGGAGGCUGAUCCAGGAGCUGGAGCGUCGCCACAUGGUGGUGACCGACACCCCCUCCCCAGCAGUAGCGGCGCAGACCAGCAGUGUUCCAGUGGUGGCUGGUACAACUGUGCAGCAACCGGAGAGCUCUGCGACUGAGCAGUCGGAGGAGGCAGUCAGUGUCAGCAGCGGCGAGACCUUUCAAGUUACCCGGGAAGUGCAGUGGCCACAGACCUCCAGGCACAUGAUGCAGGAGAAGGGACUGUACCGGAAACAUUCUCUGGACCAUCCCCUCCUGAAGGGCUUCGCCACAUACUUGGAGAAGGAUCUCCUGAAUGAGAAUUUCAAGCAGGAGGUGGAAAACGUCAGCAGGUUCAUGUUUUUUGUGAACCCCAAAGAGCCAUCACUUGAAUUUGUGAGAGAGAGGGAGAAGACGAAGCUCUUCUUUCGGGAGCUGACUGAGGCUGGUCUCUCCAGGCAGACUCAGGUCAACUACAUGAAGAGCCUGAAGAGAUUCCUCAAGUACCACACCGUGGCCACCGACCUCCGGCGUGACGACAUUGCCUUGUGGAACGAGGCAAGGUUCUUCGUGGAGUACCUGGGCUCACUACAGCAGAGCUGUGCAAAGUUGGUGAGUAAGGAGAUGACGCAAAGGAGGUAAGUUCAACUGUCAACACCCGUUAAAUUCCAUAUCAUGAUUUGAUUAUACAUCUCCUCUACCAUGUUUAACACACUCAAUGUUUUUUUUUUAUCUCUCUCACU